CCCACACACAAAGUGCUUAUUAUUACUGGAGAAAGAGCCUUGUGAUGUUUUUUCCACGCUAUUUAUAGCCAUAUCACUUCAAAUCCGAUUUGGCUCGCGCGUGCGAGCGCCACCGUGCGUUUAGAGCGAGGGAAACUUCCGGCGCUAGGACCCUGGCUCCGUUCAGACUCCGUCCCCGGCUGAGAGGCUUGUUCCCCGGCAGAGACUCGGACCGUCCGCAGCUCGAACCAUCCCCGGCAGGGAGGCUGCACCUUCUGCCUCCUCCUGCACCAGCAGUCGGGCUCGCCUCCAUAUGGGCUCACCAUGCGCAGGAUACGGGCCAACGCCAUCGCGAUCUUGACUGUUGCGUGGAUCCUGGGGACGUUUUAUUACCUGUGGCAGGACAACAAGCCCACGUCGUCGCCGUCCACUCGCGGCAGGAGCCACGGGCAGAAUGCGGUGCCGGGUCGGCUGGAGAUCCACCGGGACGACCGGACCAUCCCGUUGAUAGUGACUCAGCCGCCCCGGGUGGAGCAGCAGCAGCAGGGUCACCUGCUGGGCCCGUUUGAUGAGAAAGCUUACUUGGCAGGAAAGCAGCUGAAGCCUGGAGAUGACCCGUACAGAGAGCACGCUUUCAACCUGCUGGAGAGCGACAGGCUGGGCAGCGAGCGAGCCAUCAGAGACACCCGACACUACAGAUGUGCGUCCGUCAAGUACGACGCCGACCUCCCCUCCACCAGCAUCAUCAUCACCUUCCACAACGAGGCCCGCUCCACUCUGCUGCGGACCAUCAAGAGCGUCCUGAUGCGAAGUCCUCCUGCGCUGAUCCACGAGAUUAUUCUGAUCGACGAUUUCAGCUCUGAUCCUGAGGACUGCCAGCUGCUUGCUCAGAUCCCUAAAGUGCGCUGUCUGAGAAAUGGCCGGAGAGAAGGUCUGAUACGGUCCCGUGUGCGUGGUGCCAACACAGCGUCAGCCUCCAUCUUGACCUUCCUGGACAGUCACUGCGAGGUCAACACCGACUGGCUGCAGCCGAUGAUCCAACGAGUCAAAGAGGAUCACACACGAGUGGUCAGCCCCAUCAUCGACGUCAUCAGCCUGGACAACUUUGCCUACUUAGCAGCCUCGGCGGACUUGAGAGGAGGGUUCGACUGGAGCCUUCACUUCAAAUGGGAGCAGAUUCCAAUAGAGCAGAAAAUGGCCAGAAGUGACCCGACGCAGCCCAUCAGGACCCCUGUCAUCGCUGGUGGCAUCUUUGUGAUGGACAAGAGCUGGUUCAACCACCUCGGCCAGUAUGACACCCACAUGGACAUCUGGGGAGGGGAGAACUUCGAACUCUCCUUCCGGGUGUGGAUGUGCGGGGGAAGCCUGGAGAUUCUUCCCUGCAGCCGGGUGGGGCACGUGUUCAGAAAGAGACAUCCAUAUGACUUCCCAGAAGGCAACGCUCUCACCUACAUCAAGAACACGCGGCGGGCUGCGGAGGUGUGGAUGGACGAGUACAAACAAUACUACUACUCUGCAAGACCGUCAGCUCAGGGGAAGGCUUUUGGCAGCAUCACUGACCGGCUCACCCUCAGGCGGAAGCUGAACUGUAAACCCUUCCGCUGGUACAUGGAGAACGUUUAUCCAGAGCUGAGGGUCCCUGAGCAGGACGCUGUGUCCAGUGUGCUCAAGCAAGGUGGCUUGUGUCUGGAGUCUCGUGGCUCCGAUGUCCUGGGACUAGCUGAGUGCCGCGGUGUGGGGGGCAACCGACCGCAGGCACAGAGGUGGGAGCUGAUUGAGCCUCUGAUCAGACAGCAGGACCUCUGCUUAGCCAUUUCAGCAUUCACUGCCGGGUCAAAGGUCAAGAUGGAGCCUUGCAACGCAAAAGAACCCAGACAGAAAUGGAAGCCCAAAGGCCCGGCCCUGCAGCACACGGUCAGCGGUCUCUGCCUGGACAGCCAGACCCCCACAGGUCCUCCAGUGAUCACACAGUGCAGACCCCAAGUGGCCAGCCAGACCUGGGAACCGCAAGUGAUCACCUGAGGGACGCCCUUCUCUUCUGUCUGCAUGGGAGGACGCGGGGCUCAGUGACAGACUGUGAAGCUGUAAUUUAGUGAUUUUAACGUCAAACUGGAGUCAGACGUUCGAAGGCCUCGCUGAUCUUUCGUGUUUCAUCUGAUGCUGCAGUUCCUCUCUGUAAAUUCAGCUUCAAACUGAUCUCAUUUUUGAAUACGUGUGUUCGUCGGCCAGCACUUUACCAACGAGAAUCACCUCAAAGUGGCUGAAAGCAUUGUUCUGUAGCAAACAUGGAAGUGCUCCUAACAACAUGCCUGAGGACUGUUGGGACCAGGGAAGCUUUAUUUAUAGCAAACUCUUCAAAAUCUCUCUUUUGUGCCGCUAAUUUGCAACGCCGACCGCACCAUGCGAAGCACUGUCUAGAUUCUUAUUUAUUGUUUUGCAUGGUGAGACCCAAAGAAUGUUUUCUUUUUAUUUUGCCUCCAAAAGAUGUAAAUAUUGAAGCAAAAGCUUCUUUUUGUGUAAACUACUAUAUGUUGUUUGAAGAAUAAAUGUAGUAACAGUUAACGCUUUGGUUUGU